AUGAGCAUCCACCAGACUUCGCCUUCCAGUAAGGUGCUUUCCACCUCACGUCGUCCCUGGCUGCUGCUAGCAGGACUGUGUUCCCAGCUUCUUUUUGGAGAACAUGAGCUUGUCAGCGCGCAGAAAGAUUCAUGGGAUCCCAAUGGCAAGUUCCCGUCUCCAACUCUGCUCAUGGAUGCAACCACCGAGCAGACGAAUUUCUGCAAACCACGUCAUCUAGACUUGAUGCGUAGUAAACCAGUGCCCACGAACGCUUGGUGGGCAAACCUCGUCACGUGUGAUAGCACAACGAAUGCCACUGGACCCAUCUGGCCGAACCCGUUUGCAGUCAAUGUUGAGGACUCGGGCGCGUACGGUUUCUCACUCAGCUAUCCGUACCGCAACAGAUUCUUCGGUGGAGUCACGGACGGUGUAGCCAAGUACUAUGCGCACCCGAAGCGCAACGAAAUCAUAUUAACCGCUUACGAGUUCGCGACGUCGAUCCCGGAUAUGCAGGUUACCAACUGGACGGACUUGGGUGUCACCGUUCAGCUCCAGGCGCCAUCAUCGUCGGGUACCUUGAAAUCCAGCAUGGUGAGUGGUAUGGCAUACUUCACCGCCACGUACCAAGGUCUCACCCCCGAGAUUCUCUUUGAAGCUCCCAUUGCAACCAUCAAUGGAGCCUCAGUCAAUGUUGGGACUCGCUACUCUGGAACGAAAUUCAACGUCCUGGCGGUGAGUGGCCAACAGUGGUGGAUCCACGUGUACCCGUCUUCCUCGCAGUCAAACGGCAUCCAACUCAAUCUUGCGACUAGUAUGAUCCUACAAGGUUUGUCCUCGUUCAACGGGGUGAUCCGAGUCUCCGCUAUUCUUGAUUCCACGCAAUCGAAUGCACAGGACACGUACAGUAGCUGUAUUGUCACUGGAGGAGAUGUGGAGAUCACCAAUGACUCGAAAUACUCGUUCAAAUGGAAGACCGACGGCGACUGCUCCAAAGGGCUAUUCCACUAUGCUUUAGACCACCACACCAAGACCUUAACUGCCGCUAGCGUCACUGAAGUGGUUAACACCUCCAUGUACUCGGCCACUAGAGGUCUCAUGAAGGGGUUUGUCACGGUGGUAUCUCCGCCUGCUUGGAGCUUCUACGAGUCUCGAAACAUUCCCGUGACGCAUUAUCCAAGAUCUCGGUUGACGAAAGCUGCAGCGCUACAGCAAGAUCUGUUCACGAAGCUGCGUGCAGAUAUUCAGAGUAUCUGGACUGUGGCAACUGACGGGAGCUACUACUUCACGGGCAAAAUGGUGCAGCAAUACGCUUCAUUAUGCCUGAUGGCCAACGACCUGGUGAUUGUUGGCACGGAUGUGUCACUUUUGCGUCGCUGUGUGACCAAAUUGGAGAGUGCUAUAACUCCAUUCCUCGACAAUAGCUGGAAGUACAAGCUCAAAUACGAUGCUGUCAUGGGUGGCGUUGUGAGCACCGAGGGGUUCGUGACGGGGGAUAUGAACGCCGACUUUGGCAAUACUAUAUACAACGAUCACCACUACCACUACGGCUACUGGGUGCACAUGGCUUCGGUGAUAAAUUACUUGCAUCCGACGUGGACGCGUAUCGGAGAGCUGAACAAUAUGACGAGGUUACUGCUGCGUGACGUUGCCAAUCCUUCGCGUGAGGACCCGUACUUCCCCAAAUUCCGCGGUUUCGACUGGUUUCGUGGACACUCGUACUCGCACGGCAUGACUUCACUAGGAGAUGGCAAGGACGAAGAAUCUACGUCCGAGGAUAUCAACCUCGCGUACAGCAUGGCGCUGUUUGGUCAGACAACAAAGCACACGCGCAUGAAGGACAUCGGUCGUCUCAUGACUAAGGUCAACGCGCGCUCCAUUCAGACGUAUUUCCUGUUUGACAGCACGAACACCAUCCACCCCGCAGCUUAUCGUUCCCGUAUGGUGCCUGGAAUUCUGUUUGACAACAAGGCUGACUACGCGACGUGGUUCUCCGCAGACGAGUACAUGAUCCACGGCAUUCAAAUGCUACCGGUGACCCCAGUCACGGAAUACGUGCGGACGUCGACUUUCGUCCAAGAAGAAUGGGACAACAUCUUGUCCAAGUUGGACAUUGUGAAGAACGACGAGCUCUCUAACUCGUGGUUAUCGCUCUUGUACCUCAGCUACGCACGGGUGAAUAAGGCACAGGCGCUGGUCAAGCUCAACCAAUGCACCGCCAUGAUGAACGGCCUCUCGCGCUCCUGGGCGCUCUACAUAGCUGCGCAAUACUAAACGUGGCAUCUAAGUCGGUGCAUAAUUACCUGUCAGAAGAUCGCUGCUCAAAAUCAUUUCUGC